AUGGACGAAGCUGAAGGCUUUGUACUUGUGCGUGAUGACAUCAGUGAGUUUAUGAAUGUACCAAAUGCGGAAGUAUUGCCUAGCAAGAUAUUUGAUGUGGCGUUAAAUCGUCGUCAUGUUAUAGUGUCUCAAUUGGACAUUUUCGCUGAAGUGGGUCACGGAACUGCCCAUCAUGAAUACAUCUUUUUUACAGUUAACUUGGGUAAAUUAAAGUACAAGGAGAAAGUGUCUAAUUUACGCAAUAACUUGCAACGCCGAUGUCUGCCGGUACGACAAAAAAAAGCUGAGAGUGGAGCGACGAGAGCCCGUUUAGGGCGAGUAGCCGAAUGCAACGAUCGCCGGUUGUCGGCCGAGCGCAGCCACAGUCGCCUACCAAUUUAA